AUGUCUGACAACGAGAACGGCGAGAACGGCGACGAGCUCGUAACCAAGCCCUUCAAGUUUGUCACUGGCUUCGAUGCCCGCUUCCCCAACCAGAACCAGACCAAGCACUGCUGGCAAAACUACGUCGACUACCACAAGUGCAUCAUCGCCAAGGGCGAGGACUUUGCUCCCUGCCGCCAGUUCAUGUUGGCCUACAAGUCCCUGUGCCCCAGCGGCUGGACAUCGCGAUGGGACGACCAGCGUGAGGCUGGCAACUUCCCCGUAAAGCUCGACCAGUAG